AUGGGAAAAACUAGUGACGAAGAAGGAGCUGAACUUUUUAACGAGGAAAGUAAUAAGCCAAAUGAAGAAGAAGAAGAUGAAGAAGUAAGAGAUAGUGAGGAAAAUGAAAGUGACGAAGAUAUAUCUAAAUUAAAAAAAAAAAGAAAAAAAAUAAAUCAUACAGUAUCCUAUGUAGAUAAUGAAGCAGAUGAAGAAGAUGAUGAAUAUAACGACGACGAUGACGAUAUUGAUUAUGAUAAAAUAACUGGAAAUAAAACAGUGAACAAAAAAAGAAAAGUAGGAAAAAAUAAAUACGUUUCUACUUUUUUAGAUACAGAAGCACAAGUAGGAGAUGAUGAAGAAGAAGAAGAAUAUGCAAGUUCAUAUGACGACGAAUUUGAAGAAGCUAAAAGAUUAGAAAAAAAAAAAUUAUAUGAAACCAAAUUAAAAAGUGGAACAAAUCAUUUGGCUCAAGCAAUUAAUAAAUUAUCACAAAGAUAUGAGCAUGAAAAAAAUUUAAAAGAUGGAGUAUCAGAUGGUGAAACUUUAACAGAUGAAGAAAUGUCCGAAGAUGAAGAAUAUUUUGAUGAAGGUGACGGUUUAAGUGCUUUUGAUAGUCCUAAAAUGUGGUUAAUCAAAUUAUUUAGAAAUGGUUCUGAAAGAACUUUAGCUAUGGGAAUAUAUUAUAAAUAUAUGAAGCUACAAUCUAGCGAUUUUAAUAUUAAAGGUAUAUAUGUAUCUGAUGAUUUAAAGGGAUAUAUAUAUAUAGAAGCAGAUAGUUUAUAUAUGUUAAAACGAUUUUUAUUAGGAUUUAAAUUUAUUAAUUUAAAUGAUAUAUCUAUUGUUCCAGUACAAGAAUUAACAUCUAUAUUUGCUAUGUCUCAUUCAAAAGUCGUUAUACCAAAAGUUAAUGAAUAUGUAAGAAUAAAAAGGGGGGUAUAUGCAAAUGAUAUAGGUCAAAUUUUUGAAGUUCACGAAAAAGGAAUAUAUGCUAUCGUCCGUUUAAUACCGAGAAUAGUAUAUGAUAAAUAUAACAAUUCAAAGAAAGAUCAAUAUGACAAUGUAGGUAUAUCUGCAUCUGUGAAUAAAACUCAUUCUGCUAUUCAUUACGAUGGAGCAAAUAAUAAUUUAGAUCAAGUAUAUCCAUUGAUGGAUAAAAUGAAUACAAAUAAUCAAAUAAAUCAUGGAACUAGUGCAAUUGUCCCUUUAUCGGGUGAAAAUUUAAGUGCUAUAGAUGAAGCAUUACAAAUUCGAAGAAAAAAAAAAAAAGAAAGACCCCUUAAAAAACUAUUUGAUAGAGAUGAAAUCGAACAAAUAGGAGGGGUAAUAGAACAUGGACCAUAUCCUGGAACUAUUAAAUAUCAAAAUAAUAUAUUUGAAGAAAAUGGCUAUUUAUUAAAAAAAAUGAAUAUAAAAUAUUUAAUUAGUGAAAAUGCAAAUAUAACAUUAACAGAAAUACGAGAUUUUAAUAAAAAUAAUACAAAUGAAGAAGAUAUAAAUUUACAUAUAAGUAAAUCUUUUAUAAAUAAAAAUUCUUUACAUUUAUUUAAAAAAGGAGAAAGAGUAAAAAUUAUGAAAGGGGAAUUAUAUAAUUUAAUAGGUACAAUAACUAAUAUUAAUGAUAGUGUAUUAAGUGUAAAUCCUGAUAAUUUAGCUAAAGAAUUUAAAUUUUUGCCAAGUGAUGUAACUAAAUAUUUUACAGAAGGAGAUAAUGUAACUGUUAUAAAUGGUUUACAUAAAGGCAAAAGUGGAUUAAUAUCUUUAUUAGAUUAUAAAGAAAAUAUUGCUCUCAUAUUUUCACCAUCUUUAAAUACAGAAUUUCGAUCAUCAAUACAAGACCUGACUGGCACUAUCAGUAGCAGUAGUAAUACUGUUGAAGGAUUAGGAGGUGUUAAUACUUUAAAUGGUUUCUCAAUAGGAGAUCUAAUCGAAUUAAAUGAUAGACAAAUAGGUGUAUUGACAUAUAUCGAUAAAAAUAAACAUAUUCGUGUAUUAACAAAUAGUAAUAAAAUUUUACACACAACCAUUGGUUCAAUUACAUAUAAAAGAUCUGCUAUCGGACAAAUAUGUAAAGAUGAAAAUGGAAAUAUUAUUCAAUCAAAAGAUACUAUACAAUUAACUAAAGGGGCACAUAAAAAUAAAACUGCAAUUGUUAGUUAUAUAUGGAAAAAUAAAAUAUUUGCAAAAAUAAAUAAAAAAAUUGAAGAUAAUGGUUUUGUAGUUGUUGAUUGUGAAAAUUGUUUACUUAGUGGAAACGUAAAUGAAAAAAAAAAAAUAAUAACACAACAUAAUUUAUUCAGAAAUAAUAAUAUGCAAAGAAGAAAUACGUUUCAAUCAUUUAUUGGAAAAACAGUUAAAAUUUUAUCAGGAGUUUAUAAAGGUCUUUUGGCUGAUGUUAUAGAUGCUGAAAGAGAUGAAUUUACUUUGCUUUUAAAAAUUAAACCAAAAACUAUACGACAAAAAAGAAUAGAAUGUGCAAUAGCAGAUGCAUAUAAAGAUGAUAAAAUCUUUGAUGAUAAAAAUAUGGAAAAAAAAAGAAAUGGUAUAAAUGGAAUAAGUAGCAAUGAUUAUAGAGGGAAGUUUGAUAAAAAUAAAAUUUUCGAAGAAAAUGAAGAAAGAAGAAGAACUAGCUUUAAUCUACCAUUUUACAACGAUGUUAAUGAACAUAAAAAUUAUGAUAGAAGAAAAAAUGAUCAAAGAUAUGACAGAAGAUAUGACAAUGGAUAUAAUAGCUAUUCUAGUCAUGCAAAUAAAUCAAAUUAUUAUGAUGACGAAAAAAAAAAAAAAAAACAUUAUGAUACUUCAAAUAAAAAAUAUCAUCAAUAUGAUGAACAUGAAAGUAAUUGGAAAUAUUCUUCACAUAAUAAAGAUGAUAAAAAUUAUUUAAAAAAUCAUAAAAGUACAGAAAAUAUGGAUGAUUAUUAUACAUCAAAUAAAAAUGGAAAUACAAACCGAUUUCAUAAUGAAAAAGAUAAAAAAUAUGACAAAAGAAAAACAAGUCCACCACACUCAGAAUAUAAAAAAAAUGAUAACUUACAUGAAUAUGAUCAUGCAGAAAAUCAACAUAAUUUUAACGAUAUAAAUCAUGAAAACAGAGAUGAAUAUAAUAAACUAAACUCAGAUUGGGUAAUAGAAGGUGUAAUUAUUAAAAUUGUAACACCUGGAUUAUUUUAUAAUGAAAUAGGAAGAAUAGCAGAAGUUAUCAAAAAAGGUUCAUAUACUAUACUCAAAAUUGAAACAGAUAAAACAUCUUUUAAUAUCGUUUCAGAAGCUGUUGUACCAUUAAAACCUAGUAAACCAAACGAUGAAGUUAUCGCCAUUUUAGAUGGAGGAAAAGUUAAUCAAGGAACUGUUAUUGAUAUUUCAAAUGAUAAUAAAGUAGAAAUUUCCACUAUAAAUGGAAAUAUAAACUGUGACAUGCAACAUGUUUUUUUGUAUAAAAAGGUGUGA